UGGUGCCCAAGAAGGGGGGAAUCACGGUUGUCCUGAAUGACAACAAGGAGCUGGUGCCGACCCGCCCGGUCACGGGUUGGCGUAUGUGUAUUGACUACAGGAAGCUAAACGCCGUGACAAAGAAGGAUCAUUUCCCUCUUCCUUUCAUUGAUCAAAUGUUGGAUCGUUUAGCUGGUCAUGAUUUUUACUGUUUUCUUGAUGGUUUGUCAGGUUAUUACCAAAUAGCAAUCGCGCCGGAGGACCAGGACAAGACGGCGUUCACAACCCCUUUUGGUACCUUUGCGUGGAAGAGGAUGCCUUUUGGGCUGUGCAAUGCACCGGGGACCUUCCAACGGUGCAUGAUGUCGAUCUUCGCGGAAAUGAUAGGUGAUUUUGUUGAAAUUUUCAUGGAUGACUUUUCCGUGUUUGGAAAUUCGUAUAGUGAUUGCUUGGGUAAAAUUAAUUUGGUUUUGAAAAGGUGUAUAGAGAGUGGGUUAACUCUUAGUUGGGAGAAGAGUCACUUCAUGGUGACUAGUGGCAUCGUUCUUGGCCACGUGGUGUCAAAAGAUGGUAUAGAGGUUGAUAGGGCUAAGGUGGAGGUGAUUGAAAAAUUACCCCCACCAAUUGAUGUAAAAGGCAUUAGGAGUUUUCUAGGUCAUGCCGGGUUUUACCGGCGUUUCAUUAAGGAUUUCUCUAAGAUUGCCCAACCUUUAUGUCGUCUGCUUGCUCAAGAUGUGGAUUUUGAUUUUAAUGAAACUUGUAUGCAUGCUUUUGAAUUGCUGAAGCUCAAGUUAAGCACUGCACCUGUUGUUGUUGCACCUGAUUGGUCUUUGCCUUUUGAGAUUAUGUGCGAUGCUUCAAACUCUGCUGUGGGGGCCGUUCUUGGUCAACGUGUUGACAAAAUGUUGCGUGUGAUUUACUAUGCUAGGGAAUUAAGACCCGAUCUAACAUCCCAAGAGAGGAAAAGGUUUUUGGCUACUUGCAGGCAAUACUAUUGGGAAGAUCCCUACCUUUUCAAGUUGGGGAAGGAUGAGGUGAUCCGGAGAUGCAUUCCGGAUGUGGAGGCUUGUGAUCGGUGCCAAAGAGUUGGGACAAUUGGGCGCAGGAAUGAAAUGCCCCUCACGAGCAUUCUUGUUGUGGAGAUUUUUGAUGUGUGGGGCAUAGAUUUCAUGGGCCCCUUCCCUAUGUCUUACGGUUAUGAAUAUAUCUUGCUUGCCGUCGAUUACGUGUCCAAGUGGGUUGAGGCCAUCCCUACAAGGACAUGUGAUGCUAAUGUCGUCUUGAAGUUUGUGCAGGAGAACAUUUUAUGUAGGUUUGGAUUUCCCAAGGCCAUAAUCAGUGAUGGAGGCAAACACUUCUGCAACAAGCUUUUUGAGAAGCUUAUGAGGAAAAACGGCAUCACUCACAAGGUGGCCACACCUUAUCAUCCUCAGACCUCGGGCCAAGCCGAAACAAGUAAUCGGCAAAUCAAGGGCAUACUGGAAAAGACUGUCCAACCCUCGCGUAAGGAUUGGUCUCUUAAGCUCAAUGAUGCCUUGUGGGCGUAUCGGACCGCCUUCAAAGGAGUCCUGGGAAUGAGCCCCUACCGCCUUGUCUACGGUAAAGCAUGCCACUUACCGGUGGAGGUUGAGCACCGAGCUUAUUGGGCAAUCAAGGCCACCAAUUGCGACAUUACUACCGCGGGGAAGCAAAGAGCCUUGCAAAUGGAAGAACUUGAUGAAUUGCGCAACGAGGCAUACGAGAGUGCAAGGAUCUACAAAGACAAAGUCAAGAGGUUGCACGAUAGCCGUAUUGUCCCCAAGAAUCUCCAACCUGGAAUGAAGGUGCUUUUGUUCAACUCAAGGUUGAAACUCUUCCCGGGCAAGCUCAAGUCUCGUUGGAGUGGCCCUUUCAUUCUUAAGGAGACUCUCCCUCAUGGCGCUGUAGUCUUAAGCAAGGAGAACAACGACGAGACGUUUACCGUCAAUGGGCAUAGGGUGAAGCCCUACUUGGAGCAUGACGUGGUUGCCGCUGUAGUGGAGUCCCAAGCACUCCACGAUCCAACGUUUUGA